AUGGAUGAACCCUAUGAGUUCAAAUACGCGUAUAAUCAUUUGAUUUUUGAGUCAUCCAAGUUCAGCAGUGUGGGUGACUCGGUAGAAGAUGUACAGCUGUUUUUUGGUGGGUUCGAAUGCCAAGGCAUACAUCAGUACUCUCUAGAACGUUUUAUAAAGACACUAAAAGAGAUUCUUGGCGCCGAUGUGAGUUCUGUAUCGGAAAAUGUGACAUCUACAUCACACUUUUCAAAUCUGGUAGCAACGUUUAUUUGCCGUGUCUUCCCUCCACACAGCCCCUUUGUCAUAUAUAAUGAAGUUCAUGAAAGUUCACGAUUACGGCCUCUUCUACACGAUGCAACAAGCUUGGACGACCCGAAGUUUAUGAUGAAUGUUCUCAAUUUAUAUUGGCGGAACAACAAAUCUAUUUGCGGUCGCUUGGUAUCGUCUAUACAAUCACGGAAUCAGCAUUAUCUUCGUGAAGUGGCAGAGUUGGUGAAUCCACUCUUGGAGGUAAUUUGCUUCAAGUUACAACCAUUAACACUUCAGAACAUACAACAAGAAUACGAAUAUAUACAUUUUAUUAUCUCCGGCAUUAAACAAGGAAGGAAGGUCGACACCGUCAGGACUUUUGAGAGCAAAGGUGUGAUAACAUGUCGUAGUGAUCUGCCGGACAAUUUCGAUCGCAACAGUUUGUUUGUUAGUGCAGAUACAGUGCUUUUGGAUCUGUUGGCCCAUUUAGAGACGUUGUUUCAAUUUGUGUCAGAGGAAGAGUAUGAUUACGUGCUUUCUGCCACCGUUUCUACGGCUGAAGGUGAAUGUCAACUUUCCUCUGUUUUGACCAACAUGUAUUAUUUAAUGGCUCAAGCACACCAGCACAUGCAAUCUAAACAAAUACCGCUUUACAAAAUGCAGGUAGAUUGGCCCUUUUUCCGUGGCAUCGAAAUUGCAGUUGUUUUCGGAUAG